CCUGCGCCGAGCGGUCUCGCUUUUGACACGCAUCUGCGCAAGCGCUCCUCGCGUAAGGAACAGCUGGUUGUCGCCUCGCGACCAAAACGACCAAAACAACGCAGUGUGUCUCGCCGAAGUAAACGGUCCUUGUCAGUGCCCAAAUCGUCUGGAUACGCCGUUUCGCCGAGCUACUACCCAUGGAUUUACACUCGGACGAGUGGCUGAUACACUAGCCCUGGUGGUGCCCCCGCCGCGGUUCUCUGGAGCCCUGGCCGUGGGAAAGUGCGCCGCUAGCAGCAGCAGCAGCGUCGGCCCAAAGCAUCAGCAUCAGUGCAGCACCAACGCGGAGCCCACUGGCAGGCAGGGAAGGCGGCGGUGGGAGAGGCUUGUAGCAGCAGCGGUGCCGUGCAGCUGACUAGAGCAGCAUGGUGAAGACUUUCCAGGCAUACUUGCCGACCUGCCACCGCACCUACAGCUGCAUUCACUGCAGGGCUCACUUGGCCAACCACGACGAGCUCAUCUCCAAGUCAUUCCAAGGAAGCCAAGGAAGGGCUUACCUCUUUAACUCAGUGGUGAAUGUCGGGUGCGGACCGGCAGAGGAGCGCUACUUACUCACAGGUCUCCAUGCGGUGGCCGACAUCUAUUGCGAAUGCUGCAAAACCACACUUGGUUGGAAAUAUGAACAUGCCUUUGAGUCGAGCCAGAAGUACAAGGAGGGCAAGUACAUCAUCGAGCUGGCUCACAUGAUCAAGGAGAAUGGCUGGGAUUGACAACACGCCCCGGUGGAGGAAGAGGACGUGCCGCCGCCACCCUCAUCGUCGUCGGCCCCUUCCUCCCCCGUGGUGGCCCUGUUUCGCAAUGGCCACCCACCGCCACAGUACUUCCCACCAUUCUGAGGGGUGGACCUGCACAGCCAAAUUGGGAUGGCCUUCGGACAAAUCGGCUGUCCCUGAUGCUAGGAGAGUCAAGUCUGCCCGGUUGCUAGCGUAGCAGGUCCUGCCUGUUCCCCGACUGGUCGUUCUUUUGUUGUUGUUUUUCUGUCCCUGAAAAGCCGCGUUUCUCCAGCGCACUUCCUUCCAUUUGCACGACAGUUUUCAGUAAGGCUGAGGUGAGACGAGUGUAAAAGAAACAGGAUAGCUUGAUAACUCGGUGAGGUGCUCGUUCGCGUGUGCCUGUUCCAUUGAGGCCAAAUUGAAUUUAACUUGUUCCGGUGUUCGUUUUUUUUAGCGAGGGUUAGGGUGCCAUUACGUUUUUCUGUCAUUGUUCUGGGGCUUGUAAUGAAGGUGUACUGGGGGAAUCGCGGUUAAUCAUUAUUGCUCAAAGCUGCAUGCUCAACUUUCUAGACGAAGUCAUCAACAUGGGUAAUUGGGGGGUUGUAACGCACGGCAGUUGUUGCUCAUGGUAUUAUUUGAGACUUCACUACUUGCGAGACCUAAACAAAAUGGCACAAAAACUUAAAUCACAACUGAUGCAUUCACAUACCUGACCGGUGACAAGACUGGCACAACACCCUAGACUUUAAGGCAAAGGCCAAGAAAUAGCAUGCUUUCCAUCUCGUUCUUGUUGAGGUGAAUGUUUUAUUUCUGUCUUUCAGGUUAGUUCGGUGGUAAAAAAAUAUACAGCACUCCUUGAGGAAAAUGUUUUAGGCUAGCUCGGUGGAAAAAAAGAAGUACAGCGCUCUUUAGGGAAGUGUUUUAAUAUAGAACAAUGGUGCUGACCUUCUGAUUAAUUCUUCAAAAGAAAUUCUGCUCUUCUUGAGGCAGAUCUUAGUAGAACUAUGUUUUUUGUGCUCAAGACUAACUCGGUGAUGAAAAUAAUUGUUUUGACCUAGGAGCCUAAACAAGGUUCUUCUGUCAAGCCAUUUGAACCAUAGCAUAUAUAGUCUGUUGCUGUGAGGUGUGUUUCCUUAGCUUCACACAUGGGUGGUCAUCAGACAACCGGCUGAAAAUGGAAUUGACUCUUUGUCUGAAAGUGUAGUUGAUUUGGAGACUUGUUUUUGACGUACCCCACUGCAAAGCAGGGGUGGUUACUGUACCAUUCCGGUGUGGCGAUCUGUCGGGGACAGGCAGAAGUUCUGCGAAAACAUUGUGCAGGGCAAGAAACUCCACUUCAAAACGAGUAGUGCUGUGUUUAUGACGUCAAGUUGGCCCUUCUGUCUCUGUGACAAACUCGCCACGAGAGGACUGUGUGGGGGACUGUGUUGUCAUGUGAUCACUACAAGACAUGUGGUGAACAAGCACGGAAGUUUUUUUUUUCCCCCCCCGACACCCGGUAAUUUGCGGGGUGGUGACACCGUGAUGAUGCAGCGAAGCCAGCUGCAAGGACAAAUAUGCCAUUGUAUUGUCAUCUAGGCAUGGUCAGGUACCACGGGACCUAGGGCUUGUUGUUGUCAAGAUUUUUUUUACUCAAUAUACUUGAGGAUUUUAGAAUGUGUGUGCGUUUGUGUGCAAAGUUUUUGAGAGUGAGGGUUAUGAGAGAAAUAGAUAAUGUUAUGCUCGUAUGUGUGUAUGCGUGUGCUUGCAAAUAAUUUAAAUCAUUACCUUUGAAUGUAUGAAAAUGCGGUGUGUGUUUGCCUUGAAUGCUGCUGUGAAGUGUGAUGGACUCUGUUUACAUGGGCUGAGUGGGGUUUCAUCUGGGUCACAAGAUGCAUGUGAAGCAUGGGUGACAUCUGUCUGCCUGAACGAUCACAAGUGGAGAGUUUGACGUGUUUUUCUUUAAAAGCUUCGCCAGCACUAUUUCAUGUGUUUGUGUGCGUUUCUCUCAAGUGAAUGUUUUCUCUCUCUGCAUCUUCUAGUCUGCCGUUGUUCUUGUUUGUUUGUUUGUUUGUUUGUUUGUUUGUCUCGACACUUGCCGCGAGUGCUUCUUGCAAUGACAACAAAGUUUUAUCUGUGAUUAUAUUUCUUUAGCACUUUUCCUUCUUUAAUAUAAGCACGAUUGCAACAUGUGAGAUCAGGCCGCACGGAAUGUGCGGUCUGUGCACGUGAAAAACUGAACAUAGCAUUAGAGGAGGUGACUUUUGACAAAGUGUCUCGUCGCACAUCUCGCUUGUCUCAAUUUAUCAGUGACUGGGACUAAUCUUGCCACAGUGUGAGUUCUAGUUUUUUUUAUCUCUCUCUCUCUCUCUUUUGUUGUCCUACUUAAUUAGCGCCACAGACAUGCUCAUCCAAUUUUAACAGGCAGUUGUUGGCAUCUGCCAUUGGACACAACUGUGUGAGACGAGGCCUCAAUAAGUGCAUUGCUUCACCAGUUUACCGAAAUCAUUAGCAGUUGUAGCGAGGGUAGUUUUAGACAAUCCUUGAGCACUCGCACGUGCAUGCUGUUAUAAUUCCUCCAGUUAAUUGGCUGGCACACAGCGUUUAUAAGCUGCAGUGAAAUUUCACUUGUAGGGGCACGCUAUACCAACAGUAUUCAAAGCCUCGUGUUACUUCAGAACUGCAAGAGAUAUUUCUCCAUUUUGGCCAUCUUGGAUAGUCAGGGUAGAAAUAAAUGAUGUCACAAGAAUUGCUUGUCUAGCUACACACAACUGUAGGAAGCCGAUGACAUUUGGCUGUUUUGUGCUCUGUAUGGUACCUUUGUUUGCAAGGUAGCUUGUACAAGGUUUUUGGGAUUUCUUUGAUGUUGCUUACAGGGCAAGCUGUUGAGAAAGGCAAUGGCUUAAUGGUACUAGUGCAACAAUAGACCCUUUUAGGAAAGCGCCAAGCUAGCUUUUUCACUAUGCACAAUUGCUCUAGGCGACUGGCGCAUAAUUAAAAUGGGGAUUACUGGACAAUUGAUGCACUGUUAUUUUCGUGCAUUAAACAUGACGGGAAGGUGUGCACGAAAACAAACAAUGCACUAUGCAUUGCUGGCCAUUUUAGCUAUGCAGUUGAGCUGCCAUAUUUUAGGCAUUCUGCAAUGCAAGCCAGCUUGGAACUUACCUAAAGGGUCAAUUGCUGCAGAAACAUGUCAACGGGCAACUGCUAGGACACCAUCAAUGAACUGACUCCUCAGAAUUUUCUUAAAGCCUUGAACUUAAAUCAGGUGUUCCCUCAUGUUGGCUCCAUGCAUAUGUGUUUGGAGUUUGGACAGUUUGCCCAUCUCGUCAUUAUUUAUGUGGGCUAUACGGCAUGCAUGCACUACAAACAAAGGUUUAGAUCAAUGUUUUUUUGCAGUUUGUGCAUGCCCUGUACCUUACGUAAACUUAACUUUGUCCAACCAACUAGCUACCAGCUUAUCGUUGUUACUACUUUUUUAAUAGUGGCCAAGAUAUUAGCAGUUCAGGUUUAUAAAGCCAAGAAAUUCACUUGGGGGUUUGUAAAGCUUGCUCAUACGGACAUGGAAAGGAAAGGAUUCUAAACAGAAUCUGGAAGUGCGUAUUGUUAACUGCCAUGCUUGUGGGCACAUCAAUGUCUUUCUUUGUUGUUGCCAGUAACUUCCCGCAGCUGCCAUGAAAUGUUUGUUAUGCAACUCAAUUCUUCAAAAAAAGUCUGCAAGGAUGGAAUUUAAGAUGUUUGUGCACUUGUCAACUUGUGUGCAUCAACGCAUGUACAGUCACGUUCGGUGUGAGCCGCAACACUGGUGCACCUGGUCAAAAGAGCUUCAAAAGUGCAUGGUGGCUCUACAUGCAAAACAUUGGUUUAAUAAAUACCAGUAAUUGUAACUGUGCCUAAUUCUGCAGUUCUUGGUACGGCGGCUCUGCCAUGCAGCCUUGAAGCCUCUUCAAUUACGGGCACCGGUGCUCCAACUGUACAUUGUAAAAAGCCCUGGUGUUUAUACACACCGCUGUGCACAAAGACUGGACCUGUUUAUUUUAAGUAUUUCUUGUCUUGCGGAUGGUGCCCCUAAAGCUUUUUUGGGUAAACAUUGGGGAGCACAUGGUUAUGUGACAAGCACUUUACACUGAACAGCAAAAAAGACACUGGCAUUGUUCGAAGCACUGUUGCCUGGUUCAGAUUUCGUACUCUUAACCGUAAUGCACAUCAGUUUCAUUGCUUGAUCUUUGCCACAUGGAUAUGAUAGCAGAGUGAUUGCCUGGAAGGUCAAAUAAGAAUAUCAAGCCAAAGCAGAGUCUUUGUUUUACACGUGCUCAGUUCAUGUUCUUCAGUAUCACUGUAGGGACUAACUGGGUAUGGACACGCGCAGCCGGAGGGAAUCUCGGUAUAUGGGAAUGGUCAUUUGCGGCCAAGUCCAUUCACAAUAAUGCCAAAUACUUCUGGAAGGAAUGUUCAUUAAUCAAUUGGUCAUAAAAGUCAAAUUAGCAGCGUUGUUGAGAGCAGAUUCUUUCAUAAGGCAGAUACGGACGAAGGGGCGGAAAUUGGGAUUAUUUAGGCGAUGCUGGAAGACAUGUACUUAUCUGUAGCACAAACAGGGUAUAGUAUUUGUGCAUCUUUGUUCUUAAUUGAGUGCUCAUUCGUUAUAACAAGGCAGAUCCUUGUUCAUUAAUAAGUAGUACUACUGUCGAUUAUGGAGAGGUGAUCUCUCGUGUAGCACCAAGGCAUUUUUUUUCCCUUACAUUUUGUGAGAACAGACCAUACUAUAUUCACAAUUACCUUUAUGGGCACCGCCAAGUGCAGAAAUUGUCUACUUGUAUAUCAUGCAGUCUGUGGCUUUUCUAGAUGCUAGCUACGCAGUUUUCAGCGUUGACAUUAAAUUCUUUCAUUGAGUAUGCCCAACAAAUUAGGAUUCUACCGUUGGCAGCGUUGAUUUCUACCGUAAGAAGAGUUUGCGCCAGCUCCUUCUUGGCUGAGCCAGGCAUUGCUCGAUUGAAGCCUCGUGACAUAUUUUUUGGCUAAAGUUCUUAUUAGCUAGAGACGUGAACCUUUUCCUCGUGAAAUUUUUGCCUUAAUGUUUCUCGUGCUACCUAUUUAACCAGCUACUAACUUGUUUCCAGUUCUGAACAUUUUGCGAUCUGAGUCACUGCAGUGUUGCUCGUCAUUCACAGUGAAGAGUAGCAUGCAAUGCAAGGCAAUGACGACGUCUUGGUCUUUUGGCCAGAUCUCAUGUUGCUUCAGUUACAGUGGAUUCAUGGACUAUGCUGAUGGCAUGUACGUGCGAGCAUUUUAGCUAGUGUAGGUCACCUCAUUAACUGCAGCAAACUAUUUGAGAAUUGCUAAAUCACUUGCAGCGAUGUAUGUCGGGAGACUGCACUGGCUAGUGCAUAGGGGCUUGUUCUGGCAAACCUCUUGUGAUUUUUCAGCAGGUUUGCUUACUGCAAUUGUUCCAUGCCUGUGAAGUAUCAUUACUUGCUUUACAAGUGCUUCCUAAUGUUGGUGGGACUAUGCCAAUGAAUUAAAAAUGUUGGGGUGGUCUACAUUUACAGAAUAAGUUUAGACAGACAAGGAGCACUUAGUGUCGCUGUCGCAUGGGCAGUUUCGAUCCACGCUGAAGUCUGUUUUCCCUGAACCUUUCAAGUGUUGCCAAAGCACGAAAGAAGUAUGAACAGGGCAGACCAGAACCGAAGUAAAAUGCACUUGAAAGUGAUGUGCAUCAGCAUUUGAUCUGUGAGAAUUCAAUUUGCAUUGGCUCAAGAAUGCCUGAAAACACUUAUGUGAUAGGUUAGAAAUAAUGUUACCUUCCUUUCUCAGUCGCUCAUCAAGGGCCCAGAAUCAAAGGAGGAGGAUUAAAAUUUUGCAUGGUGACCCCUAUGAGAUACUUGAAAGGUACUUUCAUUUGACAAGACAUUCCAUGAAAUUUGCACUAACAGGUGGCACAUCUAGCUUUUGUUUUUUUUUAGUCUGUCUCCAAGAUUGGACAAAAACCUUGUUUUUUUAUGCUGUGUAAUUUUAGUUUGCUUUCAUUAUAGUCUACCAACCUCGUAAUUGCUGUCACGGAAAUGGAGAGCGAUGAUCAUAUGGGCUGGUUGGGGCAGGAAUAUAAUGAACAACUAUGUGAAAACAUGGUGCAACACACAAGUGCAGCACUGUAUUUGUCUUUGUGUUGCAUCUUGUCCUUGCACUGCUUUUCUUCUGCAUGUUUCCUCUUAAGCACAUGCAGUGAUUGCCCAAUUUCGAAGCAGACUUGCAACUUUCACCUGCCUGGAUUUUUGCCCAUGUUAUGUUUCCGUCCCUCUUCUUGGUAUUGUGGUACAAAAACCACUAGCUUGUACAGACCUGCAGAAACCUUGAGGCGAAGAUUUCUUGUGUGACGAGAUUUACUGGGCUUUCUUUUCACUACGUGGCCAGGUUCAGGAGCCUUGCUAUGAUUUCAUUUUGUACACAGUUGUGGCUAUAUUUUUUUUAUUCUGACCUUAACAAAGAGUUUCUGCUAGCCUUGUCUCCUUGCAUUGCUCAUUGCAAGUUGUUGUCAUGGUCUUUUUUAAAUCUUUUAUAAAUUUUCACUGACUUGGUGUUAUGGUCCUUUUGCUGUCAGUGCAAUUGUCUGUCCAAACUCCUUAAGAUGUUCUUUCCUUUACAGUCCUGACACCUUCACUACACUCUUGGUUCUUGUGCCACACUUACCGUUUACCCAUUAUGUUGGAACUAUAGUCGGCUGAAGUUUAUGUGAUGAUUACUGUUUGUUGAUGAAAUUUGUGGUUGUCUGCAUCAAAUGAUUAUCUACUGUUACUGCUGCCUAUUUAAGCCAAACCUUCACAUGUUAAGGAUGCCUAUAGCUUUCAGACAGAAUGACUAAACGCAGAAUAGCCAACAUACUGGCUACCAGGCACUGUGGGCCCGAAUUUUUUUUUUUUUUAUGAUGAAUAAUUGCUGCAUUACUGUCGGUGUAUCUACAGGUAUUUUGUUAACAGCCAUAGAUGUAUAGCAUAUAAUAGCAGAGAACCUUGCCUUUGGCAGUGUUCAUAUUGCGGUGGAAUAUCCUUGGUUGAAUCGACCAUCUUGCUCCACAUGGAGCCGGUCGGUGCGCUUCAGCUAUUGUCUCCCCACCAAGACGAUUGCGCCGAUAUUUGUUCUCUGCCAGUGCAACACACUUUAGUCACAUAAAGCCUUUAUAUAACUUGUAUUGAGGGAAUAGCACUCUAUUUAUUUCCUUCAUUAUUUGCCGGUUUCCUUUAUUUGUUUCUCCGACGCAUUAUGCUGCUGGGCAUGUCAUUGUUGGGUCUCAACAGGGACCUGACGUGUUGGAACUAAGAGAUUAAUAAGUGGCCUUGUUUAAUGCCAUGGGGAGAUGCAAGUUGAUGAGCUUAAGUUAUUUAUUUUUUUGCAGUUGCUUUUGUUCUCGUUUUUUUUUUUUCUUUGCAUGUUCGGUGAAAAUGCAGAGUGCUGUCUUUUAUCACACAUUGAGUCCCCAAAGGAAUGCUGAAUCUCCCCACUUCCCACCACUGCACUCCUUGCUAUUGGAAACAUGGCACCUCUUGGGGUGUACAUUUGUCCCAUUAUACCACAGAAAAUUGUACGUCAUUUACAGUGCAGUUUAUUCGUUACUCUGCAACGAUUGUCGCCAAUCUCAUGUGCAUUUCUUGCCCUUGACAACAGUUAACGUUACGCGGCAUGAAAAGGGCGUAGCAUUUUUAAAGCUGUGCUAAAACUGUCAUUUCGCACAACAACACCUCCCUCCACUGUUGUGCAGACCAACUGCAUUACUGUCGAUAACUUCAGGUGCACUUUAUGUUUAUUGACAGGAUAAUCACUGGGCACACAGCAUUAAUUAGGAAAGGGACUUUAGCGAGAAUGACUACGAUUGCUGUUAUGUGACAAAAUAAUUUGUGCAGUAUUUCGGGAGCGCUAUCUCGGCAUAGUGGCACUCUUCAAAAGGUGGCAACGCUUAGAUACAGAAUUGCGUUUGGAAAGGUGUAACAUUUUCAAAGUGCUAUUUCGGCAAAGUACACUUCAAUAGGUUGAAAUUUUAGAGAGUGCUGUUUCCUUGUGUGCGCAUGCAAAGGUGCAUCAUCUUGGGGUAUGAGAACCCAUCCGGUCUUUUCCAUGCUUCAAAGGGUCACCCUAAAACAACAAAACUCUUUCUUUGUAAAGCAACAGUAUGAGCUUCAGAUUUUUCUUACCAGGGAGGAAGGGAGUGCUGUUUGUGACUGAGCGCGAGUUGCCAAUUUGCCGGAAAUGCAUACAUUCCUUGGGGAAUGAAGACAGUUGUACUGAAGUCUCCAUUGCAUGGGGAACAUCAUCUGUAACCGGUUUUUAGAAAUGGCUUGUUAAUUGUAGGAGCUGUUGCAAUUAAACUGCGGUACAUCCAGCCGACUGAGGCAGUAAAGUAGCGUGCGCGGUUGUCACAUGUUGUCUGUUGUGUCGGAGCCGAUGAGCAUGUGGUCACGCAACAAACACUUGCAUGUAGUGGCUCCAGAGCUAUUUGUAUACGCAAGUGCGAAGCUUUCUCUUCCGUAUUACUUUUUUUUCUUUUCUCAAAGCACUGUGUUCUUCAUACUGUGAAGCUUGGUGUUGCAACUACUGCUGUAAUGUGCGAGACAUGCAUAUUUUAUAUAGACGCAUCAACCAUUGCGAGCGAGUCACUUGUGCUUUGUUUACUCCAUACCAUGUGUCGCCUCAUCUGCUCUACAAAUGAGUUGCCUUCAGCCAUCAUCACUGUCGUUGGGAGUGUGUACACAUAGGAGAAGACUGACCGAAGAGAGCCUUCAAGUCUGGAGUGUGACUAAGCAUAUUCUGAUGUUCGAGUCAUGUGUCUUCAACUUUUUUUGCAUAAAGCAGAGCUGCUGUCCCUGUA